AUGGUGGCGUCUGCUUCUCACUCUGACGUGCUCGAGCUCGCGGUGGAAGGCAUGAGGUGCAUGAGGAACUGCGGGACCAAAGUCCAGAAAGCGCUUCGCAGCGUCGACGGCGUGGCGUCUGCAGUCGUUAACUUCAAAGAGCGGAGCGCUCGUGUCGUGUGCGUCUCGGGGGUUCAAGUGGCAGCACGUGAUUUGGUGGACGCCGUCGAGAACGUUGGCUUCAAAGCAGCACUCAAGGCACGAGCUGGGCAUGAAGAGUCCAGGACAACAACGCGUGACCCCCUGACGCUCGAGCUGCUGGUGCAAGGCAUGAUGUGCCAGAAGAACUGCGGCUCGACGGUCGAGAACGCGCUGCGAAGCGUCGAUGGCGUGGCCAGCGUCGUCGUGAGUUUUGCUGACCGCAAAGCCACCGUGACACUGCAACACGCAGGCAGUGGCCCGACCUUGGACGACCUCGUGGACGUGGUGGAGUGUGUGGGCUUUGACGCCAGUGUCUAUGACGCUGCCAAGGCUGCAGCCGUCAAGCUGCAAGCUCAGAAGGACAAGCAGCUGCAAGCGGAGAUGGAGGACGUGGCGCUUGACGUACCAGACGCGACCGGCCACCCGCGCGCCGUGUUCCACGUGGAAGGCAUGAGCUGUGCUGCAUGUGUGAAAGCCAUUGAGGACUAUCUGGGUAAGACAGAGGGUGUACUGUACUGUCGUGUGGGACUCAUAAGUCAGAAGGCCGAGGUGUCCUUUGAUCGUGACUUGAUCGAGGACGGAGAGCGCGUGAUCCAGACGCUCAUUCAGGACGCCGGCUACAAGGCGACUUUCUCGCACGUGGUAGAGCCGGGCGACGACGACUCGCUCAAGCUCAAGUUUACAGUCAUGAGCAUGAGCUGCACUGCGUGUGUGGACAGGAUCGAGUCGGCUGUGGGCGACCUGCCAGGAGUGACCAAGGUACUGGUCGGUCUGCUUACGAACAAGGCGCACGUGCAUCUAAAGCAGUUGUCCAAGACAGGUCCACGCGACGUGCUGGAGUGCAUCAACAGUCUCGGCUAUGCAGCCGACGUGGCGGUCAAGACGACGGACCAGAACGCGCUGAGCAAGUCGGAGGUGGAGAAGUGGCGCAAGUUGCUAACGACGGCCAUGAUCUUUUCAUUGCCGGCUAUGCUGAUCCACAUGGUGCUUAUGUAUAUUCCUGCUGUGGAGAUGGUUCUCAUGACACCCGUGUUCAACGCCGUGUCGAUCAAGAUGCUGCUGUUGUUCGUGCUGGCGACGCCCGUGCAGUUUGGUGUGGGCUGGCGGUUCUACGUCGCAGCGUGGAAGGGUCUGCAGCACGGCGUCAUGGGCAUGGACUUCCUCGUCGUGUCAGGCACUACCAUGUCGUACACUUACAGUUUCGUGUCGCUCAUCGGGUCGACAGUGAGCGAGCACUACCACGGCCGCCACUUUUUCGAGUCAUCGGCGAUGCUGCUGACGUUUGUGACGCUUGGCAAGUACAUGGAGUCGAUGGCCAAAGGCAAGACAGCCGACGCUCUAUCUGAGCUCGCGAGUUUGCAGCCAAAGACUGCGUUGCUCAUCAAGGAGGGCGAGCGUGAUCGCGAGAUCCCGAUCGAGCUCGUGCAGCGUGGAGACUUGCUCCGGAUUCUUCCGGGCGCGAACAUCCCAACGGACGGUGUGGUCAAGUCUGGCUCGAGUUCAACUGACGAGUCGAUGCUGACGGGCGAGAGCAUGCCGGUGGCCAAGAAAGAAGGCGAUCAUGUGUUUGGAUCGACCGUGAACCAGCAGGGCGCGUUGGUCAUCAAGUCGAGCUGCAUGGGCGGCGAGAGUUCGGCGUUGUCGCAAAUCUGUGCUUUGAUCGAGGACGCGCAGCUGAACAAAGCUCCGAUCCAGGCGUACGCAGACUGGUUGGCCUCGAUCUUUGCCCCGUGCGUCCUCGGGUUGUCGCUCAUGACGUUCAUCGCGUGGAUCACUCUUCUUCGUUUGCGGCUCGUUCCAAUGGAGUGGAGGGUCGGUCUUGGAGUCGAGACGUUGAGCGAUCGCUCGGAAGACUUGUACGUGGCAGUUCUGUAUGCGAUCUCGGUCGUCGUCAUUGCGUGCCCGUGUGCGUUGGGGCUAGCUACACCCACGGCCGUCAUGGUUGGUUGUGGUAUUGGGGCCAAGCAGGGUGUCCUCAUCAAAGGUGGGCGCGCACUUGAAACGGCUCGCUUCAUCGACACGAUUGUGUUCGACAAGACUGGUACGCUGACCGUCGGCCGUCCGUCCGUGCGCGAUGUAGUGGUGGCUGACCGCAAGUACACGCCGCGUGAACUUUUAUACUACAGUGCAUCUCUUGAGUGUGUAAGUGAGCACGUUCUUGGCAAGGCUAUCGUGAUGACAGCAACCGAGCAGGAGAAGCUGGAACUGCACGAUCCGAGCGACGUGCACGUGGUGUGUGGACGUGGAAUUGAAGGCACAGUCGCAGCUAGUGCGGUCACGUCUCGCGACACUCCCGUGAACGUGUUGGUUGGCAACUCGGAGUACUGCGAGGCGAAAGGCAUUGAGAUCAGCGACAAGAUGCGUGCUCACAUGCACGAGCUGGAGCUGGAGGGCAAGACCGUGGUAGUCGUGUGUGUGGCAAAGAAGCUCGUGGGCUUGAUCGCGUUGGCGGACGCUCCUCGACCUGAAGCAGCCGCUGUCGUGAAGCACCUGAAGUCCAUGGGUCUCGAUGUGUGGCUGAUCACGGGUGACAACCUUCGCACAGCCAGUGUGGUCGCGCGCCAGCUGGGUAUCAACCACGUGAAGGCAGUUGCUCUACCUGGUGAAAAGGCGUCUCAGAUCAAGGCGCUGCAGUCGCAAGUGAACCCGCUGACACUGAAGCCACGCGUGGUUUGUAUGGUUGGUGAUGGUAUCAAUGAUGCGCCGGCGCUGGCGCAGUCGGACAUUGGUAUGGCCAUCGGUGCCGGCACACAAAUCGCCAAGGCUGAGGCCGACAUGGUACUGGUGAAAAGUGCGCUGACGGAUGUAGUGGUGGCGCUGGAUUUGGCUCGUGUGGUGUUCUCUCGUAUCAAGUUGAACUUUUUCUUUUCGGUCGUGUACAACCUUGUUGGCAUUCCGCUGGCUGCUGGUAUGUUCUUCCCACUGAUCCACCAAAUGAUGCCACCUGCGUGCGCUGGGCUCGCGAUGGCUUUCUCGUCGGUAUCGGUCGUGAUCUCGUCGCUGCUGCUGAAGACAUACAAACCACCGCAGCUUGUUCAAGCGAAGGUGCAAAAGGUGCAUUUUGAAGAGGAUGCCCAGGUCGUGGACCUCAAGAACCUUGUACGGUUGAAGGUCAACAACGUGGGGUAUGCUCCGUUGACGAACCGUGGACCCGUCGAACGCGCGUACAAGGUUAUUGCACAGUGA